AUGACAGAAGGCGAGAAGCAAACGCCAGAUUGGCCUGUGCAGGAUUUCCUGCUGGCCUAUGAAGAGGCCCUCACGAAGAGGAGCGGCCGGAACCUCGCCGUGCUUGUCUUCCCCGGCUCCUUCAGCCCUGUGCACAUGGGCCACAUGCUCAUGCUGCAGCAGGUGCCCAGCGUCAAUCGCCACCGGCUCGCUCUUGGUGCACAGGACAUCGAGGCGGGUAAGUUCACAAAGAUGAUUCGAACGGGGUGGUCGCGGCUUACAACCGGAUGGGGCACAACGAAUUCUGCAGAGGGUGCAGCUAUAGACCAGUUGCUCAAUACGCACCGGGCGCUUCUCCUAGAUGGAGGCCGUGCCGAGGUGGGUAGCGAAGCUGGCUACAGUGCCUGCGCCAUCUUUCUGAGCUCCGUAGAGACCGCAGCGAAAACGUUUGGUCUGGAGGCGGCGCCACGGGGAUACCGAAAGAAAUUUUCAGCCAACUACCGUGCACUCUUCCCAGACGAUGCGCGGCACUACCGAGUGGACGUGCUUGAAGCCAGCGCUGACCAGCACUCGGCCAUUUGGGUCAAUGGCGACAAAUUCGAGCUCAGCCCGGAGGCAAUUUGCCAUGCCGAGGCUUUGCAGAAGGCUUGGAGCGAUCUCACACAGAUCCUGGAAAGCUGCGCUUCGGCAGAUGGCAGCGCCAGACAUCCGGGCCGCUCAGAACUGUGCACCGUGCUUGAUGCGCUCGACGUCGCAUGGGCUGGCUUUGAGCACAAGUACAUCGCGGAGUUGAUUGAGAUUGAGGAACAAGCCCGCCGCCUGAUCAUCAAGGCUGUGGAGCUUGAAGCCAGACUUUCACAAUUGGAGGACUCUCCAAACAAGGGCAAGGACUGCAUCGAAUUGAAGAAAUCACUCGUGCAGGGCAUUGCGCAUCUCAACUCCGUCGCCAACUUUCGUCGCAAGGGUCGUGACGACUUGGGCUUCGACAUUUUGGAGAGUGCGGCUGAUGUGCUGAGCAAAUUUGGUCUCACCAGUAAAGACAUCGUAGCUGCCGGCGAGGGCAAGGGCUUCGCAGCGGCUGCAAUUCAAGAUGCGGUAUCCCGGAGCGCCGGUGUAUCCAUGGCAGUUGAUGUGGUGGGCUCCUUUGAAGCGAUGCGCCGGUAUUUGCGAGAGGUGAAGAAGUGCCUGGAGCGCGUUGACCCGCAUCUAUGCAACAAUGUGGGUCUUGUUGCUAGGCUGGUUGACUGGGAGGAGAGCUGGGAGAUCGGAGCCCGCUAUGUUCGGCAGAGGCAACUCUUUGAGGCCAAUAACGACAUCGUCGCGGAGUUCCGAACUGCGCAAAGUUUGGCGCCUGCGUUCACCACAAUGUGCACUGACUGCGAUGUGGAGCUGUUCCUGGUCCUUCCCAGGAUGGUGAUUUUGAGCUGCUUGGAGAAGCCAAACGAGCCGCGGGCAGGACUCUUGAGGAGCUUGCUGCCUCAUCGCUUCCCGGAGACGAACGGAGCGGGCGCGCGAUUGGACCAGGACUCUGAGAUGGGGGCCUUGCUCGCCCAAUUCAAGCAGGCGGACUCCCAGCACUUGCAGACGACGCGGCCCGAGCCCAAGCCGCUGAAGCCCAAGAAGAUGGCUGCAUCGCCCGACCCUGGCAGCCCGAGCGCGCUAUCCGUGCGCUCAGACUAUGGAGUGAUUGCGGCUCAGGUGAGUUUGGUUGAGAUCGCCUCCCCUUCGGCAACUCCGGGCGCGUGGCCGGGCUCCUGGACUUCCUCGGUGAUGGCGGGGAUCCUGAGGAGGCAGCCGACAGCGACUGCAUCGCUGUCGCCAAGGCGCUCGAAGAAGGUGCUGGCGAUGCCAAAGGCAUGGUACAUCAUCAACCCCGAGCACAACAACUGGCUGUCUUCUUGGCACCUUGCGACUGCAGCGGCGCUGGUAUUCGUGGCCCUCGUAACACCACUACAGAUUGGAUUGUUGGAGGCUCGCAUCGAUGCGCUCGCCAUUUGCAGCUUUCUGGUCGAUUUGAUGUUCUUCAUCGACCUUGUGCUAAAUUUCUUCAUCGCCUUCCCCAGCAAUACUCCGCACGGAGUGGUUUGGGAGACGCGUCUUUCGAAGAUCGGCAUGAAGUACCUGAAGGGUUGGUUCCCCAUUGACUUCCUAACGCUGCUGCCUUUCGAUCUUCUAGGAUUGGCCAUGGACACUGAAAGCAUCGGCAACUUCAAGGUGGUGCGCGUGCUCCGUGUGCUGCGCUUGGUGAAGCUGGUGCGGCUUUGCAAGAGCUGGAGGCUUCUGAGGAGAUGGGAGAUACCCUACUCGAUCCCCUACCGGCAGCUGGCACUACUCCGGUUUCUGAUGGUUAUCAUGGUGAUGUGCCACUGGCUGGCCUGUGUGUGGGCCAUGACUCUGCAACUGGUGGACCCUGGGGUCCCCAGAUGGCUGGAUGACAUCGAGUCGGAGAUCGUGUUCGGCAUCAAGACAGAGGAGUCCCCGUUCAGCAUCUACAUCGCCUCGUUUUACUUCUGCAGCUACACCAUGACCUCGGUGGGUUACGGGGACUUUGGGCCCAAGAACCUGCUGGAGCGCUGCGUUUGCACCCUCAUGGUCAUAGGCUCUGGGCUGUGCUGGGCAUACGUGCUGGGCGAGGUGUGUGCUAUCGUGGCUGAGAUGAACGCUGACAGCAGGGGAUUCCGCAACAAAAUGCAAGAGCUGAACAAGCUGAUGAAGGAAAGAGGGCUUCCUUCAGAGAUGAAGAGUCGCCUAAGAAGCUUCUUUUUGCAGAACAGGGACCAGGUGCUGUAUGUCUCGCAGAAGAAGCUUUUGGGUGACUUGAGUCCUCAAUUGAAAGCGGAGGUUUGCACCGAGUUGAAUCUCCCUUGGAUCAAGAAGGUGGGCUUCUUCAAGCGCUUCCUGAGCAUCAUCCGCACCCUGGAGGCCCGGGGCAUGUCCUCGGAGCCCUUCCAGGCCGCCAUCGCGGACAUCUCCUCGCAGCUGGAGAUGGCGGCCUUCGCGCAGCGGGAGUUCUUCCAGAGCCCGCAGGUUCUGUACAUCCUGUCCAAAGGCCUGGUCACUUUGAACGGCAGGUUUGCGCCAGAUGGCGCAGUUUGGGGCGAGGACUUUGUGCUCUCCGACGUGAGUCUUAUUCGCCCCGUGGCCGGGUACGCCCUCACCUAUGUGGAGGUGCUACACCUCAGUCACCACAGCUUUAUGGAGGUCAUUGAGCGGCGCAAGUGGACCUGCCCCCAGCUGGGCCAGAUUGUGCGGCAUCACUUCAUUCGGAUCGCAGUGGCUCGGGGCAUCAUGAAGGAGGCGCGCAGGCGCCAAGCUUGCCUACGAAAGAUGAAGAAGUGA